GCGGUGGGUGGCGGCGAGGCGGGCUCGUGUCCCCGGCCACUCGUGACACCCUGUCUCGGCUGGGGCAGUCGUGUGAGAGGGGCCGCUCGCUCCUCGGCGUGGGCUCCUGGCUGAGCGCGGCUGGAGCCGGGUGGCUGAGCGGCCACUGUUGCGGUAACGGCUGGGGAGGUGCCGCGGCCUGGGUUUCUUCGUCGGUUUUGCCUACGUUCUCCUUACAAACAGAAUGUGCCCAAAGUGCAGAGUCUGUCCCUCCAGGAUAAAGAAAAUCCAUCAGCAAAACCCAUGUAAACCGUAAUGGCAAAAUAUAAGAAACGCAGACGAAAACGGACAGCCCGAGCAAAACUGCUGCUGGAAAAAAAAGGAGAUGCUGCAAAGCCUCAGGAUGCAGGCUGUCCUCCUCGGUCAGCAGGUGAUCUUCCGUUGGAAACCUCAUCCGUCCAAAGCCAUCUGUCCUCACUCUGGUCAUUAGCCUUGCCCAGUGUAAAAAACGCAGUAAACCCCUUUACAACAGCAGCAUUGGUUUUGUAUUGUUGGUGCCAGAUCACGGUUGCACGGAGUUUCAAGGUAGUUAAAGACCUCAUAUUUCCAUCACAAACCUACUUAAGGGAGCUAAACACGUUCAGAGAGCAGCUGGAAAAGUUGGAAACUGAAUUUUCCAGACUACAAUUAACACUCCAGGUCAAUGGAAUUGCAGCCUUUUCUUCAGAAAAUUCUCUUUGUCAAAGGUGUAAUAAACCAGUUCCGGGUGCUCCUGUACAAAUGCAGAUGGGCUCGCCGCCAUCAGCAUCAGGGCCUUCUGCAAUACAGCUGCAGCCUGCAUCUGCACCUCCUCCUCCUCCACCACCACCACCACCACCACCACUGCCCCCACCAAAACUGCCUCCAGCACCUCUCCUCCUCAAGCGGGGCAAUGGCGCUAAAGCACUUCUGGCACCACCACUGAAGAAAGAUGGGCCGAUGCAGAUCACCCUCAAAGACCUGCUGGAUGUUAAACUGAAGAAGACAGACAGAAACCUGAGAACAGAUAAGGCAGAAUCACCAGUGAAGACACGCAAGGCAUUAAUUACAGUCUCAGAUUUACAGAGUGUUAGUCUGAGAUCUAAAUCCAAGCCAUCAGCUCACGUUAAAAACACCUUAACCCCCCCUAAAAAUCAGUUUGAUCUUCGAAAACAUCUGAAGAAAGUCAAUAUACAAAGAAGUCCUGGUGGCACUCCACUAAAUAGCAAAGAAAACAUUGAAUGUGGGACUGGGUUGACACCAAUAAUGACACAGGCACUACGGCGCAAAUUUCAGAUGGCUCAUCCGAAGAGUCCCUCUCCUGCCCAGUUCAGUGCUGCAAACAGCUUUGAUGAACUAAAGUAGGUUUCUGGAACAAUCUGUUUGUCAUCUGUAGCCAGCAAGCCACUUGAAUGCCAUUUUUAUCUCGCUCAGGCAUAUGUAUUUGCAAGUAAAUCUACCGCAUAUGAGAAUGGGGCAUUAUAAAAAAAAAUUAUAUAGCACAUUUCUGCUUUUUAAAGCCAGCGUCUUUCUGAUGUGUCUCGGUCUGGUUGCAUCUUCUUAAUGGGAAAAAAAAACCCACCACGAUUUCCCGGGUCUUUUGAUACCUGGCUGCUCCUGAAGUGGGGACUAUUAACGUUCCCAGCACCGGUACUGCUUGUGAUAUAAAUACGCAUCGCUGAAAUUCA